AUGAUGAUGGACCUGGAACUAGAGAAACACAGAACAACAAUAUCCCAGCAAAUAACAAAGGCCGGUCUGGGAAUAAACACAUUGUUGAAGGAUGAUCGACUUCAGCCCUCUAGUGAAGUGACAAGGAUAGUCAUGUAUGCUAUACGCCAUCAGCAGUUCAAACCAUCACAAGCCAAUAACUCCGCUCAUUCUGCAAUGGUGAAUUCUACAACUUUGUACGCCAAUAACACCCAGAUGACUGUUAACACCAGUAACAUCGUAUCCCAUUUGCUAGCGGCUCUUCUGGCCAUCACACUCCUGUGUUUCUUCUUCUUCCUUUACUUCAUCACCGUGAUCCUCAAUGUCUACUUCUCAACACCCCAUGUCCGAGACAAGGCUCGCUAUGUUCUUUUUGCCCACAUGCUCAUCAAUGAUACAUUGUAUCUAUUAGUGGCUCUCAUUCUGUUGCUAUCUUAUCUAUUCAUAAUCCGUCUACCUAUGCCAAUCUGCUACACAAUGCUCACUUUGGCAGCAUCAACAUUUAGGGUUACCCCGUUCAAUUUGGCGGCUAUGGCUCUCGAACGUUAUGUAGCUAUUUGUUACCCACUAAGAUACAUGGCGCUCUGCACUCCUCGGAGAUCUAACGUAGCUAUUGCAUUCAUGUGGAUAACUGGAAUCCUGCCAAAUGUUGCAGAUUUCAUUGCCCUGAGCUCUUCGGUGGAGAAUAAUUUCUUCUCACUUCGCACAUUAUGUAAGCAAGAACUAAUAAGUAUGAGUCCACUGCAGAACAUCAUGCGAUCCAUGACCUUUAUAGUCUCCUUGACAAUGGUGGGACUGACCAUUCUUUUUACUUACGUCAAGGUCAUGUUAGUCGCAGGGCAGAUGAGAUCAGGAAAUUCUUCUGCUUCCAAAGCUGGUAAAACGGUCAUGCUUCACGCUUUCCAGCUCCUGUUAUGUAUGGUGUCUUUAACUUCUUCAAUUACAGAAUCAAAUGCUAAAGACUAUGCUGCCUUUUUGAUUAUUAUUAAUUUUCUGUUAUUCAUGUGCCUGCCAAGGUUCCUCAGUCCAUUCAUUUAUGGGAUCAGGGAUAAGGUAUUUAGCAAAUGUAUUCGUCAAAUAUACUUUUCAAAAUGCUAG